AUGGCCGCAAACACCAACACUGCCGCGCUCAACGCCGAGAACGCUCGCGCGCCCAACACGUAUGAGAACCCCAAUGCGAACCCUGCCACCUCACAAGGCAUCGCCGGUUCAGCUAUGAGAGAGCAUCACCGCCUGGGUGGCGACGUCACGAACCCUGAUGCCGGAUACCGCGGCACGACGGCGCCCACGGGAGCCCAGCCCGAGUUCAGCAGCACGACUGGAACUGGAGUCGGAAGCUCGAUCGGAAGAGAAGCCAAUGCUACCGGUGCCGCGGCAACCCAUGCUAACACCGGUCAUACGGGCACGGUCGGCGGUGGAGAUGCGCCGACGACGAAAGGCGGUGGUAUCGGGCAGCAGAUCAAGGGUGCUUUCGCGCAGACCCACGGCGUUGGUGAGGUGCUGAGAGGCAAGUUCAACUCCGCUGUCGACACCAUGGCGGGCGACACGACGGGGCAGGCGAAGGACAAGGUCGUCACGACUGGCGGAGAGAGGGAGUAUGCGAACAAGGACUUUGUGAAGAAGGGAACUACCGACAAGGCUCUAUAA